CAAUGUUUAACUGCAAAGAAAUAGCCUAAUGAAGUAACCAGAAGAUCAAUGGAAAAGUAAUCAAUCUUCAUGUGUAGGCUACAGACUAUAAUUAAUACUAGUUAUAGAAACGAGACUGGAUCAUGAAAGUAUCAGACUUCUUGCAAAAGUGAAUGUAGCCUAGUUUAAAAAAACGCUUUUCUUGCCUGCUCCGUGCUGUCCUUCCUCUCUUUUUCUAUGCACAAUGUCUAUUAAAGUUUGUACAAUGUAUCCAACGUAUGACACAAUGCAAUGCUAAGUACAAUACUGCUGACUUCUGAUCCCACCUUUAAGUCUUUUGGGCAAAUUGGUUUGUUAAUUUUACUUUGUUUAAUAAGCUUUUAUUUUUGAAUAAUUGCAUGUUGCACUUCAUGUAUUAGCCUAGUUGUAUUAAUUAGAUUAAAUUCCUCAUCCAUUUUCUCACUAAAUAUAUUUCUCUGUGGGUUUACCACUAAAGGCUGAGCGUAGAGUGCAGCUCCCCAGUGUGCCCACUGGUCGGCGCUGUUCACCACUGAAUGUGCACACUGAGGAGCUUUGCGUUGUUUUGGCAUUCCCGGCAGCAGCUUUUAAGAUGAGAUAAGAUACGAUGAAUCUUUAAUGGUCCGUUUGGGGGAGCUGGUCAAUUUUAGCUUUAAUAUACACGCCAAUCAAAGAGCAGUUGUCAUGGAUUUGAAAAAUUGCUUAUGGUGGGGAGCAACUAGACUACUGCUAGGUUUGGAAUAUGAUUUAUAAUGUAUAAAUUGCACUUUAAAUAUAAUGGAUCCACUGAUAAUAUUGGACACGUUGGUGAUUUAACACUGUUAGAUGUAAGACUAUAUUAUCGGGAAUGGAAUCUAGAAUAUUUAAUCAUAUUUAGCCUAUGUGACUGUUCAAGUGGAAAAUCAUAACAAAGUAGGAAAUAAUAACCAAUAUGUUCAAUAAUUCUGUUUAAUGUAUUAUUUGUUAUUAAUGUGAGAAGAUUGAAACAUUUGAUGUGAUGCUGUCACUUUGUGGGUAUUUGGCUGUUAAAAAACUAAACUAAACAAUAUAAUUAGUCUGAUUUAUUAAAAAUGCAUAAAAAGGGGUAAUGAAGACAAUCGUAAUAACCGGUCAGUGUUACAGCUGGAGGCCUUUUGGGUAAUGAAGUUUGGUCCUUCUAAUUCAUCCUCCUGAAAACGUCGAUCGGUAACACGGCCAACACUUUAAUUGCUCCCAUUGAUUGAUAGUAUAAAAACACAACAAUGCCGCCUCAUAGCCCGGGUGGUUUCCCCCCUAUAAGAAAGCUGGCUGAGUGAAUUGGGUGUAGCUGUGUCUGUGUGCGCCUUGGCCAAUGGAACCAGAUCCUCCCUGCAGUGCGUAAGAGCGCGAUUUAGGAUUUAACCAAGUCUUUGCUGCGGGGCUGGCUGCAGUCUUCACCAGAGCCCGACGGCCUGAGAGCCUUUCAACAAUGUCAGUGUAGUGUUCACACCACUUUGGAGUCAAACUGCCUGUUUUAUUUUUUAUUUUUUGCUAAUCAAAUAAAACAAACCCACGCGUUCGCUCUCGAAGUAUGACUGGAGUAUUCGACCGGAGGAUCCCGAGUGUGAAAACUGCAGAUUUCCAGAGCUCCUUUCAACUCUCCACCAUGCACCAUCCGUCUCAGGAAUCUCCUACUUUACCCGAGUCCACCGCCACGGAUUCUGGCUACUACAGCCCGGCCGGCGGAGUCACUCACGGCUACUGCUCGCCCAGCUCCACCUCGUACGGGAAGCCUCUCAAUGCGUACCAGUACCAGUACCCGGGUGUAAAUGGAUCCGCUGGAAAUUACUCGACAAAAUCCUACACUGAUUACAGCUCGUACACGACGCCCGCCUACCACCAGUAUGCUGGGACUUACAGCAGAGUGCAAGCCCAGCCGAGUCCACAAGAAAAAGAGAUAAGCGAGCCUGAGGUGAGGAUGGUAAACGGCAAGCCGAAGAAAGUGAGGAAACCCAGGACGAUCUACUCCAGCUUCCAGCUGGCCGCCCUGCAGAGGCGGUUUCAGAACACACAGUAUCUGGCGCUGCCGGAGAGAGCCGAGCUGGCUGCCUCACUGGGACUCACGCAAACACAGGUAAAAAUCUGGUUCCAGAACAGGAGAUCAAAACUGAAGAAGAUCAUGAAAAACGGGGAGCUUCCACCGGAGCACAGCCCCAGCUCCAGCGACCCCAUGGUGUGCAACUCUCCACAGUCCCCGGCCGUUUGGGACACACAGGGCCCCUCCAGGCCGCACAGCCUACAGCCACAGAACAUCAACACCACGGCUUCUAACUUUUUGGAAAACGCUGGAUCAUGGUACACCUCAGCCGGCAGCUCCAUGGCGGCCCACCUGCAGACCCCUAACUCAAUACAGCACUCGUUGGCUCUUGGAGCGGGGACGUUAUAUUGAAAAAAAAAAAAACACCCUGUUGUUCAUUUCAUUUUUUUUUCUCUCCUUCUAUGGGACUCGUGUUCAAAUUUCAGAGGAAUAUGCAAUGUAUUUGAUGACAGUCAUAGAAGAAACGUGUAAAAUGUGUAAAUGUGUGCAUGUAAUUUAUUGCAUUUUGGAAGACUAUUAAACGUUUAAAUGGACAAUGGACCUUUGAAA